AUGUACUCUUCUACCCAGACUGCUGCUACCAGGAGCUCAUCAAAUAAAUCAAGGGAAAAUUCAAGUUUUGAUGAACUGGGUUGGGUCAGUAACAUUCGUCGAACACUAGAUGAAGAGCUUGAAGAGGAUACAGCAGGAGUGCCAGCUGUUUGCAUCUUCAAUGUCCCCAAAACUCUAUUAGCUAACAAGCCAGAAUGCUACAUUCCUCAAGAAGUUGCAAUUGGACCAUACCACCCCUGGCGUUCUGAGCUCUAUGAGAUGGAGAGGUACAAGGUUUCUGCUGCCAAAAGAACUCAAAAACAAUUCAUCCAAACCCUUAAAUUCCACAACCUUGUGGAUCGAUUGAUGAAACAUGAGACCAGAAUCCGUGCUUGUUUCCACAAGUACCUUCCUGUCAAUGGUGAAACCCUAGCAUGGAUGAUGGCAGUUGAUGCUUGCUUCUUGCUUGAAUUCCUCCAAGUUUAUGCCAUCAAACAACAAGGUAAUUAUAAUGUCCUUUCCAGGACAAUCUUCUCGUCGUCGUCGUCGUCGUCGUCGCCGUCUUCUUCCAUGUCGCAUUUGGUGGACCAUGCAGGAAGGAAAUCGGCUCAUAAUGCUAUCCUUAGAGAUAUAAUGAUGCUCGAGAAUCAAAUUCCUCUCUUCAUAUUGAGGAAAAUCUUGGAAGUUCAGUAUUCAUCUUUGGACGAAGCCGACGCUUUACUGCAUUCCAUGUUAAUGGGUUUAUGCAAAGACCUUUCUCCAUUAAAGAUGAUGAUGGAGGAGGACUUCCCCAACAUCCAAUUCACCGAUUCUGCACAUUUGCUUGAUUGUUUGUACCAAAUAUUUCUGCCCAAAUCCGAAGAAGGACGACUCGAAAUCACCACUGAAGUCCAUGAAGAUCAAAAUCCUUUUCCAAUCGACGAAAACAAGGAAGAAAAAUUCGUGGAGGAGGAUUCAAGUACUGAUGUGAAGAAGCUCUUGAAUGCAACAUGGAGCUUGCUAUCCAAAUUAAACAAAGCCCCGGUAAGUUUCAUUAAAAGGGUAUUACUUUCAAGGCCAGUUAAGUUACUGUUUAAAUUACCUUGGACAAUUAUCACUCGUCUUCCUGGGUUUUCGAUCUUAAAACAACCUGUUGAGUAUCUUUUCUUCAAUGAAAAUAAAGAUGAAAUCAAACCCGAAAACGGAAGUUUGAAUUCGAUGGACAAUAACAAGCCUCCUUUAUUAGAGGAGAUUACUAUCCCUUCAGUGAGUGAACUCUAUAAUUCAGGUAUCAGAUUUGUUGCCACUAAAGGGGAUAUCACCAGCAUUAGCUUUGAUUCAAAAUCAUUCACAUUUAAACUCCCUAGUGUUAGUUUAGAUGUUAACACUGAAGUGGUUUUAAGAAACUUGGUUGCAUAUGAAGCAUCAAAUGCAUCAGGGCCAUUGUUUUUUACGCGAUACGUCAAAUUAAUGAAUGGGAUUAUAGAUACUGAAGAGGAUGUAAAACUGCUUAGAGAGAAAGGUAUUGUGUUGAACCAUUUGAAGAGUGAUAAAGAGGUAGCUGACCUGUGGAAUGGGAUGAGUAAGUCAGUAACAUUAAACAAAGUACCCUUCUUGGAUAAGGUGAUUGAAGACAUAAACAACUGCCACAGUUGUAGAUUGAAGGUUAAAGCUAAGAAAUUUUUCAAGAGUUAUGUGAUUGGUUCAUGGCAAUUCCUGACAUUCUUGGCAGCUAUUCUGUUCUUGUUGUUGACCACUCUGCAAGCUUUUUGCUCGGUAUAUAGUUGUGCUCGUGUUUUUCAUCUCAACACCAACACAACAACUGGAUGA